CAGAUUCUUGCUCUUCUAAUGUUUGCUCUGGUUCUGUCAGAUGAUCGUAUAUCUAUGACAAACAGAAGGAAGGAGAUUAUCAAUGCGCUUAAUCAAUUACCCGAUCUAAUUCGAGAAGUAUUGGAUUUGGACAAAGAGGCGUUGAAAAUUGCACAGGAGAUCUAUAAAGAGAAAUCACUUCUUGUUAUGGGCAGAGGUUUCAAUUUUGCUACAUGUCUUGAAGGUGCCCUAAAGAUAAAGGAGCUAUCCUAUAUGCAUUGUGAAGGUAUAAUGUCUGGAGAAUUGAAGCAUGGCCCGUUGGCAAUGGUAGACGAGAAUUUGCGUAUAUGUAUGGUAAUUUGUAAUGACUCUGUUUAUAAGAAAUCUUUAAAUGCUCUACAACAAGUAGUUGCUCGUGGGGGUGCUCCUAUCAUCAUAGCUGAUGAAUCAGUCCCUGAAAAGGAUUUGGCGGGUAUGAAGCAUGUCCUAAGGGUUCCAAAGACCGUAGAUUGCGUACAAAAUAUCUUAACAGUCAUUCCAUUGCAACUGAUGUCGUACCAUAUUGCCGAACUCAAUGGGCAAAAUGUCGAUCGCCCACGAAAUUUGGCCAAAUCAGUAACGGUCGAGUAA